AAUUUUGGCAGUGGCUAACUUGGUUUAUUAAGUUCCUCAAGCAGUCAGUGGACAGUCUUAAUGGACUUGAGAGAUAACGAUGAUACACUUAAACUGGAUUGCUGCUAUAUAAGAUUUCUACCUCACACAAUUAAUUAUCCAGUGAUAUUUUAAUUUUCUCUUAUUUAUAAUUAUUUCGACCAUGUACACUAUGAUCUGUUAACAUUCAGAUCUGCAUUAAGGAUUUAUAACUUUACCAACUAUUUCUACAUUGUCGAAAAACGGAAUAUCGUAUUUACACUCUGAUUCUUCUCCAUUUAUAUUUUUAGUGUCGGUUUGCAAAAUAUAUUUUUCUCUUUUUAAACUCUGCUUUUAUUCUUCCUACAACAGUGUUUUCUUAAAUGGAAUAUUUAUGUAGAAGAAAAUUGUGUUUUUAAUGUUUUAAUUAAUAAUUUACACGUUGAGUUGAGAUUAAACAUUUGGCAAGUGUUCAUUUAACCGUGUCAUUUAAGCAUAGCAUCAUCUAUGUUCGCUUCUACAUCUUUCUCGAUAUUAGCAAUAAUUAGAUGUAAUACAUAUAUAAACACACUCUCACAUAAUGCAUUGUAUGUAUAAUAUUCUUUUGGCUAAAAUAUAUAUUUUUGAUGAAUGAGGCAUUUUCUGUGAAACGUAUGUUAAGAUAAACAUUCAGCAAGAGUGUUCGUUUAUGUCUCAUCUUCAAUUAAUAUAAACCUACUGCUUUUUAUUGAUAUAUAUAUAUAUAUAUAUAUAUAUAUAUAUAUAUGCAUACACACACACAUACAUAUAUAUAUAUAUACAUAUCUAGCGUACACGCGUAUACAUACAUACACAAACACACUCUUGGUGCCUAAUGAAUCGCUGUACGGAAGAAAUAUUUUACUAGAGUAAACAAUUAACAAGUCAUUGUUUAAGAGGACCAUUUACACGCGCGCGCGCAAAUACACUCUUGCACGCGGAACACAUAUACACACACACAUAUAUAUAUACAUACAUAUAUAUAUAUAUCUAGUCGUACAAUUUUGUCCCAUUUGACCAAAUGCUUCUUGAAGCCUGUUCGGUUGUUGUAGCAUCAAGAUGGCGGUUAAACUUUGUUUCAGUAUAGUCCGACUGGCGUUUCUUUGCACCACAUUAUUUAUAUGUGCUUUAGCUAACAGAUCGUCUUCGUCGAAUGGCAUUGAUUUACUGAAAAAGAAAAAAGAGGACUUUUUACCAACUUCUUUGCCAAGUGAACCAUCUUUAAUUUCCAGUCCAUCUCCCUUACUACGGCCAUCAUCAUCAUCACCUGGUUUACCAACGUCCCCGGUUGGUAAUAGUGCUGAUAACACGUUCCUUUCCCGGACGGGACCUUUAUCAAAACCGAUCACUUCAAAAAAGGAAACGUUCACUACUACGCACAGUGAGAUCGAUAUUCCUAAAGAUCCGAAGGACGGGAAGCACGAGGGGAAUUCUCGGAAAGUUUCGGCCAACAAAGCGAAACAUGGCAAAUCGAGAAUGAAAUCGAGAAUGAAGAGUAAUGAUGACCGUUUCUACCCGGACAAUAGCCUUACCGUUCAAGAACCAAUUAAUCCUAAAGACUUUGGAGGAAUUAUUAUAGAACACGAAGCUCAACGUUUGUCUGCACACUUAAGGAGGCUGACCAACGAAGAAAUUGGAGUUACUACUAUGCAGGCAAUUUAUGACUCCCUUCCUUAUGUGACUAUUUACAGAGAUGAAGAAAAACGGCUUGAUGUGAUUGCUGAUCGGCUGAGAGAACGUUUUGAUAAUUACAUAAAAGUUUUAGGAACAAACAAGAUUACAGUGGAACAUUUAUACAAAUUUCAUGUGAAGCAACCUGUUACUCGUAAACUUAACUGCUGUAACCUGCCAUUUAAUGAACUAAUAUCCCAGUCACAGUAUCGUUGUAAAAUUUCCACUCGGAAUAGCUGUGACUUGCUACCACCUAAUCUGCCACCAGGAGCUUUUAAUCCUGGUCGUAAUCUGACUGAUGUAUGGCACAACAAUGUUCAGUACUUCCCGAGCCUCAAAUGGCAAUACUUCAUCUCAGUUCAAGGCAUUCAUAAUGAAUAUCCAGCUAACACUUUUGAAUGGUCUGAAGAUUGUUUAAAUGUCCAUGAUAUCAGACACAGAGAUGUAUUUGUAUCUACGAUCCGACCACAACGUAAACAUUUAGUUAUUGUAAUGGAUCAUGGAUUAUCUUUAAGUCUGACUCAACUCAACACUGCUAAAGCUGUAGCAAAACAUUUGUUGGAAUCUCUGUCAGAAAAUGACUAUGUUGGAGUUAUUGGAUUAGCUGCUGAACCAACAUACCCACGAGCUGAUUCCUGUCUUCCACAUACACUCGUACAAGCAACUUAUGAGACAAGAUUAUAUUUCAACAAAUUUUUAGAUGGCUUAAAGAAAGAAAAUGCUGCAACCAACCACUCCCUUGGAUUUCAGUAUGCUUUUGAAAUGAUAGAAAAUUCUGGAGACUCUGUAAUUGACAAAGAAGACAAAGUCAUGAUUAUGUACAUCAGUCGUGGCUUGUUAUCAAUUCUGACUGAAGCCCGAGAUGUAUUUGAUACUAUCUCUUACCAUAACACCAAACUGAAUUUCAAAGUUAUUAUCAAUACAUAUGCUGUCAUUGAUGAUACCAUCCCAACAAUGUAUGAAAAGAGCUUCUUACAAGAUGUUGCUGAUCAAAAUUUUGCCAAAUAUGAUGUCCCAUAUGAGAACACAACAGCAAUUUUGAAAGGAAUGAUGGUAGCUAUAAACAAGACAAAAGAUCUCAGUUCCACUGUUGGGUUGUUUUAUCGUCCAUUGAACCAGUCUGACAAAUAUCUCCCUGUAUUCUCCUUGCCAUACACCGAUGAAGCUGACAAAGCUCUGACUAUGAGUAUUAGCCAAGCAUGUAUCCAUGAUGGAACUUUGAUAGGAGUUGUUGGUGUUGAUUUACACAUGGAAGAUAUUGCACAAGACAUUACCUAUUUCAACCAAGAAGAGUCAUCAUAUGCCUUCAUCAUCAACACAGAUGGCUACACUAUUAUGCACCCAUCUUUCAGUCGGCCAAUCAGGACCAGAUUACAGCCAAUGCAUACAGAUAUAAGACAUUUUGAAAAUGUACCCAAUUUUGCUGAAAUACGAGAGGCUAUUUUAAGGAAAGAGCGAGGCAGGGAAAUAGCUCCUCUUGAAGGCAAUAUAACAACAGAAAAGUCUGAAAAUGAUGGCCAAGCCACAAUCAAUAGUUCUUUUGCUGUAUACAGCUGGAGAAAGAUUCCAAAUGUACCAUAUAUUGUGGUAAUUAAAACACUCACAGAUAAAAAAGAAAGACGUCAAAUGAAAAAGAUUCAUGUGCUCACCCCAGAAUUGGUAUAUCAUAGGCUAGAUUUACUACCAACAGAUAACAUGUGUGUCCAUCUAAAACAACUUUCAACACUUGAUAUCAGCACUGUAUUCCUUGCUGCCAACAGUUUUAUCAAUCCUUUUGAACAUUUAAGUCAAGAAGAAACCAGAAGAAUGGUACAAGGCUAUAUAGCUUUCCUAAAAGACAACACUCGCCUAAUCCAAAAUCCAGGACUCAAGGAUCAAAUUCGAAAUGAUGUUGCUGCUACUGCAAGAAUUAAUGAUGAAUGGGUGCGACGUUUCCAUACAAGUCAACUGAACGAUUAUAUCAUACGGCGAUAUGUUGCAACACCUGGUGGUUCAUUCCGAGUUUACCCAGGUACACUAAUGGAUAAGACCUAUGACCCCACUAAAAGACCAUGGUUUGAAAGAGCACUUGCUUUCCCAGGUUUUGUGACCCUUGCUGCUCCCUAUCUAGAUGUUGGAGGUGCUGGUUAUAUUGUCACUGUCAGCCAUACUAUAUUUGAGGGAAAGAGAGCUGCUCUCCACAGUCCCCAAGACAAAGUUGCUGCUGUGAUGGGCAUGGAUAUCACCCUUGGCUAUUUCUAUAAGAUUUUGGCCGAGAAAGUACCAGCCUGUGAACAACCAACUGUUAGAUGCUUUAUCAUGGAUGAUAAUGGCUACCUCAUUUCUCAUCCUGACCUUAUUGAACCAAAUCGAAAAGGUCCUGUUGAGCAACAACAUAUCACACACAAGGAACCACUCAUAGCAAAUGAUAUAUUGAAUCAUCGAGGAUUUGUUCAGAAGAAACUCUGCAAUAGAUACAAUGACCGAACUGUUCAAAGAUUCUAUAAUUUCAACACUAGUCUUGAAGGAGUCCUCACGAAUUUGGUCCAUGGAGAACAUUGUGCUCGUUACCAGAUAACACAAAUUCCUGGCACAAAUGCUUUCCUUGGAAUAGUCAACCAUACUUGUGACACAGCAACUGCUUUCUGUCCUUGCAGCAUGAUUGACCGUCUGUGUCUCAAUUGUCAUCGAAUGGAGCAAAGUGAAUGCGAGUGUCCUUGUGAAUGUCCCCUUGAAAUGAACUUCUGUACUGGAGGCUUGUUACAAGAAGACGACAAUAACCCAAGCUGUGUACGUUACCCAGAGGAAGGAAAGUUAGCUAAAGUCACACUAGAAAUGACAGAUAACCUUGUGCAGUGUUAUCUUCCAAAAUGCCAAGAUAGACCAACAAAAAUGUCGUGCCUUGGAGUUCUUGGCUGUGAAUGGUGUGAGAUGCAGGAUAAAGAUGGUAUGAUCAUUCCAUUGUCAAAGCCUCAUUGUGCAACACAAGCCAUUUGUUUCGGUGGGAUACUUGGUGCUGAAACCCCCUAUGGGGAUCAAUUACAACAGCAACGUUUUCUGUUUUCAGCAGUGAUCCAAGAUGCUGAGCCUGUAAAUGUAAAAACUACUCCAGUUGGUCCUGUUGCUGGUGGAAUCAUGGGAAUAUUUCUGGUUCUUGCAUUGAGUGUGUAUUGUUAUCGUCAUCAUGUCCACCGGUCUUCUCACCAGUAUGUCACGUCUUUACCAGACAAUCAAGCUCGUAUGUCAAACUACUAUGAAACAGAAGAACCUGAACAACAUGAAGAACUUGGUGCAGGACACACCAAUUUUGUUUUGGCACCAUUUGAAAAUGCUGCAAGUAUUUCUCCAUACCGCGUGAACACAACUUAUCGUCGACCAGCCGGAGGAGACAGCGACCAUGGUUAUAGUACAAUGACACCUCAUGAAGACAGUGAGCAUGCCAGCCUACCAUGCCUAGAACCACUACUAAUUGGGAAGGACCGCUUCAAGCCUCCAACAUAUCCUAGUACCAAAGCACCCGUUAUUCCUCCGCCUCCAAUCAUUUGCAGCCGUCGCAGCCGCAGUCCAACACCUCCCCAGGCUCGUCUCUCUUCCUACACCCCUAUUCCUGAACAGACAUUAUUGCCCUCCCAACAGACUGUUGUUGCCAGUACGAUCCCUGAGGGGUCUCAUAGUGUCAUAGCAAAUGUGCAAGUCCAUGUAGUUGAUGCUCAUUGAUAAACAAACAUUCUCUUAUCAAAAUUUGCUUAUAAUGUCUUCUGAAAUAAGAGACAAAUAUCAGCAAAUGUGUCCUCUUAUAAAUGCAUAUUAUAAUACAGACACGUGCUAUUUUGUGUAUGUGUGUGUUAGUGGGGUAGGGAUCAGAGAAGGAAUGAGAGAGGGAGGAGGUGAUGUAGGUAUGUAUGUGCAAACGUGUGAACAAAAGAGAAGAACAAGUAAAAAUGUAUUUACGUAAAUACCAAAAUAAUUGAAGUUGCCUCUUCAAUAUUAACUCAUCAGCAUUUAAAAAUUUUUUUUGAGAAUGGAAAGGAUGAUUAUAAAUAGGUAUUGGGUCAUUUUGAAUUUGAUGCUGUUUCCAGCUUAGAGGUUAAAGCUAUGAGCAUGUUACAAAGUAGUCUGUGAUUUAAUUCUCCCUGUUAUGUAUGAUAACUUUUUUUUUUAUUUUGAAAUGGGAGCAGUGGAAACCCUAUCAUUUAUAUUUGAGAACCUUGUUAAACUUUUAUUUAAAAAAAAAAUCCAGAAAAAGAGACAAAAAUAUGAAAUGAAACAAAAACAAAAAGUGAGAAAAGCAAUGAGCAUUAACCUUACACAUUAUUUGUUUGUUCCUUUAACCCUUGCAAGUAUACACCUUGACCACACACUCACACACACACAUUUGAAGCACCUCUACAGUUUCUUGACCUGCUAGAUGUAGCAGCCAGAUCCUUUCAAAUAACACCCUAUCAUAUAUAUAAAAAAAGAACACAUUAAAGAAUUUAGUCUUUAUCUGAAUAUAAUACAUGGGGCUGGAACAUCUUUGAUCUGCUGGAUGAGGAUUGAUCUGGAACUAAAAACAAUAAGGGCACAUUAGAUAAUGUAGUCCAAGACAAACAUUGUCCACAAAAAAAAAA